AUGGCUCAACUCGAACGUCCUCAAAGUCAGAGAUAUGUUGAUGGUUCAAAAAAUCCUGCUACCAUCCAAACCAUGGAACAACUCCUCAGAGGAGAAGCCUCAAAGUCAUCAAAGUCAAAGUUGUCACCGAGCAAAUCCUCCUCUUCCUCAGCCUGUUCUUCCCCAUCCUCUCCUUUCUUCCAGAGGUUGAGGCACCAUGACACAGAAGAAGACCAUGGCCAGAAUCAGAAGAAAUCAGUUAUGACCAAAGUGAAGGAAAAAGCCAAGAAGUUACGCCACAGCCUCAGCAAGAAAAGACACGAGGACUGGAAUCCUAUUAGUCCCUCUUCAGGUUCUGGGCAAGAAGGCGAUGGAGCAGAAGAAGAUGCUGAAUGUCGUGGAGCUCCAAUGUAUGAAUCCGAGAAGGCGCCUGAAGGAUACAACGGAUAUGUAAGACAGCAUUCAAGAAUGAGUCCAAAAUCCCCACAGAAGCAUGUUCUGUCAAAUAAUGAGAAACUUGGGUUAGAACAAGCUAGAGAAAAGACACUAAAUCGUUCGCUGUCGAAGAAAACAACACAACCAGCUGCAGCUCCUGCUGCUACAGCUGCUACUACACCCUCUGGUCCAAGCAAGAUACUGACCAAACCCGUAGCCGAGAAGAAUCUGACACCAGCAUAUGCUGAAGGAUCAGAAACAGCUCAGUAUAUAACCUCGAAAUUUCAAGGUCUCUCAGUUUCCAAACCUGGAGAGCACCACAGUUCAUCAACAACAGCUGCAACAACUCAUAAACCUUCGUCGUUGACCAUUCGUGCUUCACGUACUCCUCCAGCUAAGAUGCCCUCUCAAACAGGUCAGAGUACUCCUCGAGCUUCGUCAAAUCCGAUGGGAACUCCAACACCUUCGCCACCCGCGUCUGCUCCACCGAUUGCGAGCAGUACUAGCCCCACCUCACAAAUAUGGGAUAAGGGUGUUUCGGUGAAGGAAUACUUGAUGAACAAAUUUGAGCCAGGUGAAGAUGAGAAAGCUCUCUCGAAAGUGAUAUCGGAAGCAAUGAGUCCUAGGAGAAAUCCCGGUGAUGUGGGCGUGAUUGAGAAGGUGAGAGAAGCUGUAACCUCUUUGCUCCGAACUGAGGAACCAACAAAACCUGAAGACACAAACACAACCAAUACUACCCAUACACCAUCCCAAGUCUCAGCAUCUACCAGCACUACUCGUACACCGUCCCAAGUCUCAGCAUCUACCAGCACUACUCGCGCACCAUCCCAAGUGUCAGCAUCUACCACCACUACUCGCGGACCAUCCCAAAUCUCAGCAUCUAGCACCACUACUCGCUCACCAUCCCAAGUCUCAGCAUCUACCAGCACUACUCGCACACCAUCCCAACUCUCUGCAUCUACCAGCACUACUCACGCACCAUCCCAAGUCUCAGCAUCUACCAGCACUACUCGCGCACCAUCCCAAGUCUCAGUAUCUACCAGCACUACUCGCGCACCAUCUCGAAUCCCUGUAUCUUUCAACGCUCAAGAAGCAGUUCAGGAAGAAAACCAUGGCAGGAUUCUUCAGGCAAAUUGA